GUUAACUCAUUCAAAUAAUAGGAUUCACGAUCGCCACCAGGCCUCUCCAUCCAAGAUUUAGACUUUCACCCCUUACCCAUCCUUCCUAAGCGAGAGUAUGAGCAGAUCCAUUAGCUGAUCGGGGAACGAAGUUAAGGAGUCACCUUCAACUACCACUUCUCCCAGACCCAUCUCUACCCCCAUGCUUGCUUCAGCCGCGAAAACAGACGGUACAUACUCAUUCCCAAUUUUUUUAUUUCCGUUACUUUCAAAGCACCGCCGGAUUCGGCCAAUAAGGUUGAAGCAGAUGGAAAGUUGUUCGGUGUGCAUGGGAAUUGUAACCGGCGGCUUCCUUAAUAAUACAUCAGUUGGUUUAAGUAGGACUGAACUAUCUUCCCCUCUCUCAUCGUCCUCAUAGAUUCCUUUCAAAAACUCGAAAGCCAUAGCUACACUUAAAACGAUUUGUUCAUUAUCAUGCUUUCCAAGGAAAAAACAAUUGCAGAUGUCUCAAGUUGGGCUAAUAUUUCUGAUGAUCUUUUGAGACUCAUUGCAACCUUGACUCGUUCCCCUCAACAUCAUAGUCGUAUGACCGCAGUCUGUCGUUAUUGGCGAGCAUCCCUCGCGGAUCAAAAAAUAAACUUCCCUGCAGUUUGUUUAAUGCUAUGAAACAACGGUGAUUAUCGUCGUUUCUAUAGCAUAUCGGGAGAAAUCUUCGAUGAGCUCGAUUUACUGGAGUUCCGAGGAUGGGAUUGUUUUGGAAGUCCUUUUGGAUGGUUGGUAACUUCUGACUGGGAUUGCGAAAUUCAACUGUUUAAUCCAUUCUCAAGAGCUAGCUUUCCUCUUCCUAAAAAUAACUCGCCUAUGGUAAAACUAAUAUUAUCUAUAAAUCCCGAAGAGCCGAACUCUAAUUGUAUAGUUUUUGCAAUUUAUGAUGGUCGUCGACACAUUGGUUUUGCAAAGCCCGGUGAUCUAGCAUGGCGUGCUCUGAUUUACGAUGAUGAUGGUGGUUUUGGUGGUGGUAUUUUUAUUUGGGAUGACGUCAUUUAUUUCAAGUGUAAUUUCUAUGGUUGUUUAAAUAGUGGUGUGAUUGUUUUAUUUGAAGACUUACAUGGAGCUCAUCCAAAAUCUGUGAAAUUUGCCUCACGGCCUCCAAAUUUUCAUGGUGGUCACACCUGUUAUCUAUUUGAUUUAGAUGGAAAUCUCUGUAUGACAUGUCGCGAACCAUUUGUUGACGAUGACGGUAACAGUGAUGAUGACGAUGAAGAUGAUGAUGAAGAAUACAUUGAUUAUAGAAUUGAAUUUGUGAUUUUCAAACUAGACAUGGACACUAAGAGCUGGGAGAAGAUUUAUUCAUUGGGGGAUAGGUCUUUGUUCUUGGGAAAUUGUUGCACUUUCACUGUUGCCGCCGCUGAUUACCCUGGUUGCAAGCCUAGUUGUAUUUACUACACCGAUGAAUUAACUGAUGUCGAAGUCAACGGCAUCUAUGAAGUGGAAAAAUAUUUAGACAAAGAUAUAGGUUUGGGUUCUUUAGUGCAGCCUUUCCCCAAGUCAGAACUAAUGGAAGAUUUCUUCCCUCCGCUGUGUUGGAUCAUUCCAUACCCUCUUUAAGAUAGAGACAUAUUGAUUUAGUUUUAAAUUUUCUUUUAAUUUCCCACUUUUUUAAUUUAUUUUAGUUUGUGUGAACUGUGAAAUGCUGCAUAAUGAGAUAAUUAGCUUCUUAAAUUAA